AUGUUGGAAAGUUGGGUCGAAAAGACGAUUAGAAUAGAAAAUAAACGAUUCAUUGCUGCUAAACAUUUAGAACCUGGAAUAACAUUAUUUGUUGAACCUCCUUUAGCUUCUGUACCUUUGCCUUCUAAAAGACAUCAAAGAUGUAAUUAUUGUCUACGUAAAGCACAGCUUCAAUGCUGCUCUCGAUGUAAAUCAGCUUACUUUUGUAGCAAUGAAUGCUUCCGUAACGCUUGGUUUCACUUUCACAGAAUCUUAUGUGAACCUCAAGAGGCCGAUAUCUAUAUCAAUGUCGACGCAGAUCGAUGGCUGUUGGAAAGAACCGCUCUCACAUUACACAGUCACGAUCGAUUAAGUAAACAGCAACAAUCACACUCUCAUUUUUCUGCAGCCAUCAAAGCAUUGCAGGAACUGGAUACCCCUAAUAUAGCAUUACAAUCAAACCCUGUGGAUGACGUUGCUCAAUCCUUAAAGCCAUCCGACUGUCAGCUCUCUUCUGAUGAACUCAAUUCUCUAUGGCAUCGCUUACAGUCUUGUACAUUCCCUAUUAUUGACUAUGAGCAUUAUAUGGACUAUGUCGCCGUUGGUGUCUAUCCAAUCACUGCCUUAUAUACACAGCACUCGUGUCGCCCAAACGCUGCUCUUAUCUACAAAUUGGGGAAACAGUAUCUCGUGACUAUAGAACCUGUUCAACCUGGGGAGCCGAUCACCAUAGCCUAUGUAGAUUUGAUUUCCACAAAACAAGAUCGCUGGAAUCAGCUGAAAAACAAGUUUGGUCAAAGCUUUGAAUGUCACUGUAUACGUUGCGAAGGCAGUCUAGCAGGAUUUGACGUUGGCUUGGAAAGAGGCCAGUCACUCAUAACUUCUGAAGAAGAGGGUAUGGAGCUGAUCAGUCAACACAUAAAGACAUGGUCCGUAUUGAAUAUGUUUAGGCAUGCAGAACAAACCGAUAAGGACAACUGGACAUCUAUUCAAGUCAUGGAUCCUCCUCAAUUCACUCACUUUAUCUACAGACUAGCCUUUCCAGAAAUUUAUUACGCGACCACUGGAGACAAGAGGCGUCAUCAUGCGACACACUUUACUAAAUGCAUGAGUCGAGACCAUUUGAUACAUAGAUUGACUGCAACCAUAUCUGCCCUACUCAGUGUUCCUCAAGUUCCUCCGUUUGCUCCUUCAACUAUUCACGGUGCAGAAAAAGUGCUUGUCGAAAGGCUCAAAGCGGGUAAAUGGGUCGAGGCAUCAAGAUGCUCUCUGUUUCUUUUUGUUGCCUAUUCUUUACUUUACCCUCCCCUUCAUCCCAAAUUAGCUUACCACAGUUUGAUCUUGGCAAAGUCAUGUUGGAACGCACUCAUCGAAAUGGAAUUGAUUGGUGUAGAACGAAAACUAGAAAAAAUCUACGCAAACGGUACAGGUGUAUGGAUCGAAUGGGCCAAGGUGGCUGUUAACUCGACAUUUGGAAAGGAGCUUUCACUAUGGAGAGAGCUUGUUGAGCUUCAGUGGGUGUUUAACAGAGAACAACAAAAUAAACGCUCCCUUAAAUUUCAAACUGUGGAUAAAUUUGAGUGGACGCAAACACUUGUUCAAUCUGAACGAGUUGCUUCGGCAUCUCUCUUGGUGCCUUUGCCUCGUCGAUGGCAUCUCUACAUUUGGCCAUUCGCUAGCAUGUUUUAUCCUGUCUUUUCUUAUGUUUAUUUCUUUCACUAUGACACCUAUCUUGGAUCAGAAGAAUGGACUUUUGUUACAUUAGGAAGCAUAAUCACUUUACAUGCUUUGACAUUUUUAGUUUGUCAAUGGAGUGUUGAUUUAAAGGCACUUUUUACAUGUAUUAGAGAAAAAGAUGUUCAUAAGGCAAGCAUUAUCAAGAUUGUGCCCUAUCGCUAUCAAGGUAAAGGCAUGUUGGUCGAUUUAGAACACAGCAAGUCAAUUGAUACCAACGAAGAUGAGAUUUCUUUUAUUUUCCAACAAAAGAAAUUUAUUUGGAAUCCUGACAAGAAGCAAUUCGAACAACUUCUUUAUCCUGCAGACACCAAUCACACCGUUGGACCCUACCAAAAUACAAAAGGAUUGACAACAAAGAAGGAAAUUGAAUAUCUUGCUCAUACAUACGGAAUGAACAAGUUUGAUAUUCCCUUGCCUACAUUUAUGGAACUCUUCAAAGAACAUGCUGUUGCACCUUUCUUUGUCUUUCAAAUUUUCUGUGUUGGCCUUUGGUGUUUAGACGAAUAUUGGUAUUAUUCACUCUUCACGCUUGUCAUGUUGGUUGUCUUUGAAUGUACCGUAGUCUAUCAACGUCUUCGUACCAUUGGUGAAUUCCGUGGCAUGAAUCAAAAGCCCUAUCCUGUUUAUGUCAAGAGAGAGAGAAAAUGGAUUCAGAUCCAGAGUGAUGAACUGUUGCCUGGAGAUGUUGUAUCUAUUGUACGUACAAAAGAAGACCAAGGCGUGCCUUGUGAUUUAGUUAUUGCAGAUGGUUCUUGCAUUGUUAACGAAGCCAUGCUUUCUGGUGAAUCUACACCAUUGAUCAAGGAAUCUGUUGCUCUUAGACACUCUGAAGAAGAAUUUGACAUGAACGCAACUGAUAGAUUGAAUGUUCUCUACGGCGGUACUAAAGUACUUCAGGUAUCACCACCCAAGACUGAAAUUCCUCCUGAUCAUGGCUGUGUAUGUGUUGUCGCACGUACUGGCUUUGGCACUUCUCAAGGUGAACUUGUUCGCACAAUGAUCUUUUCUACUGAACGUGUCUCUGCCAACAACUUUGAAGCUUUGUUGUUCAUCCUCUUCUUGUUGAUCUUUGCCAUUGCUGCAUCUGCUUAUGUAUGGCAAAAGGGUGUUGAAAACGAUCGUAAGCGUUCAAAGCUUUUGCUCGACUGUAUCUUGAUCAUCACUUCUGUUGUCCCUCCUGAACUUCCUAUGGAAUUAAGUUUGGCUGUUAACAGCAGUUUGGUUGCUCUCUCAAAGUUUGCCAUUUUCUGCACUGAGCCAUUCCGUAUUCCCUUCGCUGGUCGAGUGGAUGUUUGUUGCUUUGACAAGACAGGUACAUUGACAGGCGAAGAUCUCGUGUUUGAAGGUGUUGCCUUUGCCGAUUCCUCCAAGCCAACUACUGAUUUGUCAACUGCUACUGAAGUUCCCAAGGAAACACAAUGGGUAUUGGCCAGCGCUCAUGCAUUGGUUCAGUUAGAAGAUGGUAUCGUUGGUGAUCCUAUGGAGAAGGAAACUCUCAAGGCACUUGGCUGGGAAUUGUUACCCAAUGACAUUGUUGCACCCAAAGGAGAAAAGCGAUCCCAGCAUUUGCAAAUUCGUCGUCGUUAUCAAUUCUCCUCUGCUCUUAAACGCCAAUCAUCUGUUUCAACCUUGGUUCAUCCUUCCUUGAGUGGUCCUAAAACGUUUGUUGCAGUUAAAGGUGCUCCUGAAACAUUGAGAACCAUGUACAGUCAAGUUCCUGAAAAGUAUGUUGAUAUCUAUAGACACUUCACUAGUAAGGGUAGCAGAGUCUUGGCACUUGGCUAUAAAAUACUUGACACUCAAUUAAGCGCUAAUGAAAUCAAUGACCUUGCUCGUGAAUCUGUUGAAUCUGACUUGAUCUUUGCUGGCUUCAUCGUAUUUACUUGCCCGCUCAAGGAAGACGCUGUUGUUGCCCUCAAGGAACUCAAUGAAUCCUCUCACCGUUGUAUCAUGAUUACAGGCGAUAAUCCUCUGACUGCCUGUGCUGUUGCUCGUGAUGUUGCUAUUAUUGAACGCGAUGUGUUGAUUGUCGAUAGAGAUGAGACCAGAAAGGAUAACCUUGUUGUAUUUCACUCUAUUGAUGAAAGCUACCGAAUUGAAUUUGACCCUACCAAGCCUUUAGACAGCAAAGUUUUGGACAACUAUGACCUUUGCUUGACUGGAUCCGCUAUGAGCCAAUUCAUGUUGAACAAGGAAAACAUGAAUGUAAUUCUUGAGCAUACUUGGGUUUACGCACGAGUUUCUCCUUCACAAAAGGAGUACAUCUUGACCGGCUUAAAGGAUCUCGGAUACACCACCCUAAUGGCUGGCGAUGGUACAAAUGACGUUGGCGCAUUGAAGCAAGCUCAUAUUGGUGUUGCUCUCUUGGACGGUACAAUGGAAGACCUUCAAAAGAUUGCUGAACGCCAACGUAUUGAACGUAUGAAGAUCAUGUAUGAACAGCAAAAGAGUAUUGCCGCUCGUUUCAAUCAGCCUCCUCCUCCACCUCCACCUGCCAUUGCUCAUCUUUACCCUGAAUUUGCAGCACAAAUUGCUCAACAGCAAAACCAAAACCUGACACCUGCUCAACGUCGCCAGAUGGAACAAAAGCGAAAGAUUGAAGAGGCUACUCAGCGAAUGAUGGAAGGCAUGGAUAUGGAAGAACCACCCACGAUCAAGUUUGGUGAUGCCUCUGUGGCCGCUCCCUUCACAUCUAAGCUUCGUAGCGUUACUUCAAUCAACAAUAUCAUCCGUCAAGGAAGAUGUACACUUGUUGCAACCAUCCAAAUGUACAAGAUUUUGGCUUUGAACUGUUUGAUUUCUGCUUACAGUUUAUCUGUUUUGUAUCUUGAUGGAAUUAAGUUUGGCGAUUACCAGCAUACCAUCUCUGGUAUGCUCAUGGCUGUUUGCUUCCUUUGUAUUUCAAGAGGAAAGCCUCUUGACAAACUGUCAAAGGAAAGGCCUCAACCAAACAUCUUUAAUCCCUAUAUCAUCUUGUCUGUCUUGGGUCAAUUUGCUAUUCAUAUUGCCUCAUUGGUUUAUAUCAACGCUCUUGCAAAAUCUUUGGAGCCACAAAAGGAAGUUGACCUUGAAGGCGAUUUUGAGCCAAGUUUAUUGAACAGCGCUAUUUACCUUAUCCAAUUGUCUAUGCAAGUAUCAACUUUUGCAAUCAACUAUCAGGGCCAUCCUUUCCGUGAACGUAUUCAGGAUAACAAGGCUCUUUACUAUGGUUUGAUGUCUGUUGGUGGUGUCGCAUUGGCUGGUGCUACUGAACUUUGGCCCGAAGUCAAUGAACAACUUCAAUUAGUUAAAUUCCCUGGAUCGUUCCGCUACAAAUUGACACUCUGUAUGGUCCUUGACUUUGGUAUUGCUUAUGCUAUCGAAAUAGUUACCAAACACCUCUUUGCUGAUAAUAAGGCAAAAGCAAUUGCUAGAAGAGAAAACAAAUAG